AUGGAGCUUCCGCCGGCCAAGAAGCGGCGCCACCGCUUUCAGAGGGUCGAGGAACGCGUGAACAACCUGCAGAAUGAACUUACGCUGCAUGCGAAGACGACAGGCGCUGUAGACGUGACGUCACAGCUCUCGUUCAAGGAAGAGCUGGCGCUGCAGGCGGAGCUCACGACACUUGACAGUUUUCAGCUCCUUUUUCGCUCGCUGCAGCCGCUAGUGACCACCACUCCGCAUCUGCUCCACCACCUGAAGCAGGUGAUGAAGCGACUGCAGAAGGAGCUGCUGGAGGCGCGCGACGGCAGUGCAGACCUCGUCGUGCAGCGUCAGAGACUCGUGCCAGUGCUGAAACUGGUGACGGCGCUGGCUCGAGAGCUCGGCAAGGAGUUCUAUCCGCAUUUUGCCGGCGUCCUGCCACUUGUGGUGGCUGUGAUUGACACCAAAGACCCGGAGCUUAGUACUCAUGUGUUUAAGACACUAACGAUGUUGUUUAGCUACCUGCGCGUACAGCUGCUUGCUGAUAUGGACGCAGUACACAAAUGCUACUUCCCGCUACUUGGACACCCAAGAGAGUUUGUCCGUAAUUUUGCAGCUCAGACAUUAGCGGUGCUACUGAGACGACUGGAGUCACCUAAAGCCAUGAGGAAAUACUUGCGAGCGUACUUGACAGCAUUGGUGAAGGGUUCUGGACGUAGCAAUAAGGUUUUGAGAGAUGGAUCGGCCAAAUUGUUCUUUGAACUCGUAAAGAACGUGAGCCAUGGAUUCCACUCGCGCAUGCGCGAGGUGCUAUUGUUCUUGCUCGGCUCGUUCCGACCUAAAGAUUCUGAGACGGAAACGACAGAGGAGCAGCUCGAACAGCAGGAAGCUAUUUUUGAGAUUGUGUACCAGACGUGUGGCUUUAUGAUGAAACACACGGAUUCUGACCAUUCGGGUGAAAUGCUGGAGUGUCUUGUCUUAGUGGUGAACAAAGUGGUGAACCUUCGACACGAGAACGAUGAGGGUCCGACUGAAGCAGAUGACUUGUACUUAAGUCGUGUGCUUCGUGUGCUGCUCGGGUUUUUAAUUUCGCGAAGGGGUAAGCUGAUUACAGAGGCAAACGAUGCGUAUGACGUGCGAGUGCGUAGUGUGCACAGGAUUUGUGCUGCUCUGGUGUCUUCUGACAACAAGGUGCUUGUCUCUCGAAACACAGUACUGCGAGAUGUACUUCUGCAGACGUUUGAAGUGGUUUGGCGGCUGUUUCCUGCUGAAGACGACGAAAUUUCCGCGCAGGUGAAGGCCAUUUUUGCUGUGGCAGUGAAGGAGGAUAAACAGAUGUUUUGGUACCAGAAGCUACUGGCGUUUAUAAGUCAGGCUCUGCACAGUAGCCACAUCGAUCUGGGUUUCGUUAUCCGAUUUCUACUCCCCAACGCAAUAGAGUUUGCAUUCAAAACUUUGGUGACAAAUGACGUGGGUGCAUUCAGCGAGUUGUUGUGUCAACUUGGAGACUAUGUGGCGGACAAUGCAGGUGAAAUCAAUGAGGGUCAGAGCGUGAAUAUUGUGCGCUCGAAAAACAGUAGUCGAUUUUGGCUACUUUCGCUCGAAAAUAUCGAUAACAAUGCCGAGAAGUCACUUUUUGAUGCUGGUCGGAAGCUCUUUGAGCAGAAUGGCAGAGAAAAGGGCAGCGGUUGUUUGGGUGUGAGCUGGAAAUUUUGCAAAGCGUUAGGGGUUUUGCAGCUAGAUGAUGCUAAACUGAUUAGUUUCGUGACGCCCAUUAUCACGAAACUUGAUGAGCGACUGAAGGAUGAACCUGCUGUGUCGGCCACCAAACUUGCCGUCCUCUGUGCUGAGUUGUGGCAACUACAGCAAAUCGCUCAGCGCCAGAUCAACGGCAAAGAUUCGACAACAGUGACAAAGGAUAUGGUACAGGCACUACUUAGAAAUAAGCCUACUUUCCAAAGCCUAACGACGUUGUUGAUGCUGAUUGAGAUGGAAACCGAAGAAAAACAACAUACAGUUCUGACAAGCGAUUUGCUGCCCAGUGUGGCAUACCCUCUUUUUUCAACGCUGCGAUCACCCGCGCACGAGCUGCGUUUGGUGACGCUGCAGCUGGUAGCUCGAUUCAAGCGCCUGAACUUUUAUGAUUCUGACAGCGAUGCACUAAGCGGGCCAUGCGAUCUUCCAGAUAUCUGCGUAAACCUCGAGCUCUCAUGCAAAGACAUUUCUGUGGCCACAGAACGCGAGGUGGUACGCCUGCUUACACGAGUAAAAGCUCUUUGCCGCUCAUCUCAGACCCCUGAACUGUACAAGAAAAUUGCAUUGAAUCAAUUGUUGGGGCUAUACCACGUCAAGUUCUCUACGAUUUGGCCGCACAUUGCCGACGCAGUGGAGGCUAUUGUGCGGCUGCGCUUUAACGAGUGUUGGCCAUGCAUCAGUGCGGACCUUUUGGUGGCUUCGCUCCGGCAUGAAGACACGAGUGACAAACAGAGUAGCGAUCCGAGUAACCAAAGUGCUGUCGCGGAAGAGUUCGAGCGUGCGUGUAUGCUGGAGCAGGGUAAAGCACCUGUAUCAAGUGUUACAGAUGCUUCCACUCACCAUUCGCUACUCUGGAAGGGGCUUAUGAAAUUUGCUGACCUCGUGGAAGCUAAGACAAAAUUCAUGGUACCGCUCUUCCUCACAUUUUUGCGUGAUCAAUACAGCGCCAUUUACGUGGAUGAGCUAGAUGACAAACGUCUUGAAGAAAUAGACCAGGCUCUUGCUAAGCUUGAAGAAGCCAACGGCUACGGCUCCAGUGACUCUACCUCUCCCCAGUGGCGAGUGCCAGUCGAGUUCCAGGGCUUGACCACUAAGGAAGUGCGGGGUAAAUUUUUGGAUCAGCUAAAGCUUUUUGCGGCAUUCCACAACAUGAAGGGUGCGUAUAUGCAGCAGUUGCUACAUGCUAUCUUUUUUGACCUGUUGAUGAAAUCGGACGAGGUGGUCUCAAAGCUAGCCUUGCAGUGUAUCUAUGCAUUUGGAAACAAAGCUAUCGUGUCCUAUAAAACGCAGCUGAACCGAUUGCUCGACUCGUCUUCAUUCCGCGAAGAACUCUCCAGCUUUAAGGUUGGAAAUGGAGAAGGUGUAGUGGUCCGAGAACACCGCUCGGAGUUGCUCCCUGUGCUGCUGCGAGUUCUGUACUCAAAGUGCGUUAGUAAGAAAGGCCGUAACAACGGUGACACCGUGGGCGCUCGUCGUGCUGCCAUUCUAGCGUACUUGGCAGCGCUGGAAGCACCUGAGCUAGCAAGCUUUGUGGAUCUGGUGGUGAGAGCAUUUAAUGUGACGAUUGAAGUUCCUGAAAGCAAUGUUCCGGAAGCUCUUGUCAUUGCUGAUACGGUGCAGCCUGUGGUAGCAGUCGCCAAAGUACAGCCUUCGCGUAUCUUGGGCUUCUUGAAUCUGCUGGAGGAUCUUAUGAACCAGCUCGGUGUGAAGUUGGCUGCUUUCAUACCCCGUAUUGCUGAUGUGCUGCUGGCCAUCCUUCAGAUCAGCGUUGUUUCCGGUGAAGAUGAUAACUGGUUGGCUGUAGUCGAUGAGAACGAUAAAGAAAAAGCCGUACGUGCGGUCGGCUUGAAACGCAAACAAGACGCGACGCCACCGACCGCUAAUACGCUCGUGACAUCUGCUUCGAUGAAAAAGCAAAUUCGCAUGUUAACUUACCGACGACUCUCGGAGUUGAUCGAUACGUUUGAUACGCUGGUAAAACUAGAACCGUGGGUAGUUGCGGUGCUAAAGACGUCAUGUGAUUCGAUCACGCACCUGCCGAAUGCGGUUGUCGGUGCCGAGAAGGCAUCGGCGCUUUUGAAUUUACUUGUGGCGUUGGGUCGCGCAGACAGGUCUCGUCGGUGUAUUUCGAAGCCCCUGAUGCUUCCCGUUAUCUCCUGUAUGUCAGCCGGUUUGACGUCAGGGAGCGCAUCGUCUGCAUUGACUCGUGGUAUUUCGCCUGAAAUUCUGGAUUCAAUUUUGCAGUUUAUGAACUCGUUGCUUGAUGGAGACGAGCGUUUGCUUGAGCAUGGCCAAGGCGUAAAUAUGACUGCCUCUAACACGGAUGAGAAGGUUCUGUUGGUACCUCAUAUCCCUUUUGUGCUAGAGCAGUUUGUGCGCCGUUUUCAGGCCAAGGCCGCACGCUAUGCGAGCGACCGAUACGCAGGUUCAUCACGCAAGGAACUUGCAUUCCUUUGCCGUCUCUCUCGCCAUUUGGAUGCCUCCAAGGGAGACGUUGCGAUUGCUGCACAUGACUUGUUCCAGUUGUUGUUGCCGUUUUUGCUGCGCAACCAUCAGACGUCGCCGAAGGACAAAGAGAACUUGCUCGAAGUGUUGGCGAGCUUGGUUGCCAAGCUUUCAGAGCCUAAAAAGCAUGUGCUCGCCAUAGCGCGGCUGUUAGCCCCGGGUCCGAACUGCAUCGCUGAUCGUGAUCCACGCUUGAAACUUGUGCUGGUGUUUACAGCCCUAGGUGCACAUCCUGCGCUUAAGGAGGUGGCUCCCGUGGCAGAAUUGCUUGCUGAGCUCAAUGCAUAUGACCCCAAGCGCAUUGAGGAGACCGACUAUGAGCGUCGCCUCGUUGCGCUUAACCAUUUGAGCUCGACGCGUUUUGCCGGGUUUAGCCUCGAUACACACACGCUAGCCCCCCUUGUGGCGCAAUGUCUCCAGUGUAUGCAUGACGCUGAAUUUUCGGUGCGUAGCGGUGCCCUUGCCGCGCUUACGACGUUCCUGCAACUAGCUGCCGAGGUCGCAGUAGGACGAACGGAGAGAGCAGACGUUGCGAAGUCGCCUGUGCUUCAUGCGAUGGAGGUACUUGUGAUGCCUUGUGUGCGGGCAAGCCUGCGCUCAACAGAUGAGAAUGUGCGUCGUGGAUUCGUGACGUUACUGGGAUCACUGGCAGACCAACACAAGGCGUUUAUGCUGUACGCAUUUGUUCCGGCCGACUUGGUACUGGCGCGCAACCAGGAGGAUCCUGAGGCUGAUUUUUUCUACAAUAUUACGCACAUUCAGGCUCAUCGCAGACGCCGCGCACUUCAGCGGCUCAGCACGCUGAUGGACUCCAUGGCGACGAAGGCAAAUAAUCAAGUCAGUAGCGAAGCGAGUGAGAGACCGCAGUGGUUUUCAAACUCAACGGUGAAUAGUAUCAUAUUACCGCUUGUAUUGCACUUUGUCUACGAAACUCACGCGAAGAGUCAGGAGUCUCUGCGCGCUGAGGCCGCAGCAUGUGUGGGAUGUGCUGCCGGACUUUUGGGCUGGUCGCACUACCUUUCGUUGUUGCGUAGACUGCUGAAGUCGAUCGAUGGGCACGUUGAAAUGGAAGGUGCUAUCAUUAUGUCAAUUUGCGCCGUAAUUGAUCAUUUCCACUUUGAGACGCCAGGUGCUGCUGCUCAAUGGCAAAAAGCGUCAUCCGUGUCAAUCAACAAGGAACAAGCCGAUACUAAACCGGCCGGUAGUGGUGACAAGGGCAUACAAAAAGAGAGUUCUUCUAAGGUCCAGGGAAGCAUGGAAACGCAAGUACUUCCGAUGCUUUACUCGUACUUGUUCAAGAAAGCGACUUCAAAGAAGAGUUCAAAGGCGAGGGACAACGAUGGAGAGUCAACCUCGCUUUCGCAGGAAGCAGUGUCGGUGCGUGUGCCUUUAGCCCUAGCAGUUGUAAAGGUGCUGCGUCGACUGCGCGCUGAAACAUUCCAGCGGGAGUUGCCCAAGUUGCUGCUAAAGUUUGCGAAUUUACUAAAGAGUAAGGAUGAGGCCGUGCGUGUUUCGGCUCGCACUACGCUCGUUCGGAUUGCUGUGGAACUUGGUGCGAGCUUUUUGCUUCCAAUUGUAGAAGAGCUUCGCCACACUCUGCGCGACGGAUACAUGGUUCACGUGCUGUCCUUUACCGUGCAUGCGCUAUUGGAGAAGCUACCAGAGAUCAUGCAGGUGGACGGACAGUCUGGAGUUCUUCGCAAGCCGCAGUCGUUGUUGCUCACACAAAAUAAGGAACAAGAAGCCGAGCGUGAGACUGCAUUUGCCUCACCACUAGAUGGUUGCGUACCGAUCGUGAUGGAGAUUCUAGCUGCAGAACUGUUUCAGGGCAUGACGACUAUCGGUGAGGCAGCAGAGGCAGCCGCUGGAGGCGUGGAACGUAAGUCCGUCCAGAAGUCCAAGAUGAAAGAGGCACGCUCGAGCGAUGGACGGAGUCUGGACUCACUGGAGUUGCUGACAAGGUCGUUACCCUUCCUGCCCAAUCCGAGCAUCCACGAAGUUGUGAGUGCGCUUGUGAAGCGCUUUCAGGCCACAGAUGCUGGUGCUCAAGCUACUGCUGCGCUUCAAGAGGCAUUAAAACGCGUGGCGAUUGGACUUGCAAAAAAUCCGUCCGUGGAGUCGUCGUAUAUGCUCCUGUACGCAUACAACGUUCUCAGCUCGAGUCUUGAGAGCCUGCGCCCGGCCACUGAAAGAGAAAAAGCGCAGUAUGAAGAUGGUGGCAGCUGCACUUCGCUUGUGACAUCGUGGCUCGUGUCAGAAAAGAGUGCGGCAGCCACAAAGCUGCUUGCAGCACGAGUAAAAUCGCGGGAUACUGUGCGGGUUGCGAUGCAGCAGCAGGUUACAGGCUUCGACAAGAUGCGUCAACAGCAGCAAAGCAAAACCAAGAAGCAAAAGCGCGACGAAAUUGCCGCUAUCUUAGCCGAGAGUACGGCGCAUCUCCGAGAACUGCUGAACUUUGCUGUGCUUUUGGUAUUCUCUUUCCUCCGGAAGAACAGCAGCGCUGAGGACCAGGCAAACGAGAUCAAAAAGAGUGCCAAUGCUCCGGCCCAACUGAUCGACCCGUUAGUGCCGUUGUUGAUGCGCUGUGCUGGCGAAUCGAAGAAUGAUCGAGCUGUUAUUAACGCACUCAAGUGCCUAGGCUCGCUGCUUCCCCGACAAGACGAGCUACCAGCAAUGCGAGUGGCACGCUCGCCUCUUCUUGAUCGACUGUUUAAGAUUCUGCAACAGGCAGGAGCUGCUACACGGAACGAGAUGGUUCAGACGUGCUACCGCACGCUUACUGCACUCCUCCGACAACAGCAAGGCUUGGAGCUUGCAGUGGAGAACGGAACCGUACCCCGUGAGUCGGAGAAUCUCCGACUCACAGAGCCUCAACUACGUGUGCUUCUAAGUUUCUUGCGUGCUGACCUGGACGAACAAGACCACCAGAAUGCCACCUUUACUCUGCUACGGGCCAUCGUGAACUCUCGCCUCAUCGUGAGUGAAGUGUACGAUGUGAUGCUGCGUGUUGGCGAGCUGCUAGUUCAGAGUGAUGCCCCUGGUGCGCGUCUAAACUGUGCAAUGAUCUACCAGACCUUCCUCCUCGAAUAUCCUCUUGGAAACAAACGGCUGUCCCGUCAUCUCAAGUUCUUGGUUGAUAACUUAAGUUACGGACAUGCCACAGGGCGAUCAGCUGUUCUUAAGGCGCUUCGUUCUCUUUUUUUGAAGCUCCCACAGGAUCUGGUGAAUGCUCGCGCCCAGUUUUUCUUUUUGCCACUUGUGUUACGGUUGGCUAACGAUGAUGCCACGGAAUGCCGCAACCUCGCUCGAGAAGCUUUAAGUACUUUGGUGCGUCGUAUGGGCAACAACGAACUGAACGAAAGCAUUUUGCUGGUGAGCACAUGGUGGACGCAAGCUUCAAACUCGGAUGCCACGGAUGCAGUAAAGCUACUGGGAACUGCGGCGCAGGUGACGACGCUUGUACUGGAGACCCGGCCUGAGUUUUUCGAGCGAAGUACACCCCAGGUCUUGCUCGCGGCUCGCACAGCGCUUGAGCGUCGUCAGCGAGAGCUUCAGACAGUAGAAGACAGUGACCAGGUGCGGUGGCAGCCGACGUACCAUGUUUGUGUGGCACUCACCGCCUUCAGCGAUCAUCUUGCUGGUCCUUAUGAACUGUGGCUGGAGGAAGAUAAACCGACGACGAACUUUUUUGAUGUCGUGGUGCUGCCGCUACUGCAAUACCCCCACGCAUGGGUUCGCCUUGGUGCAACCCGGCUACUGACGUCGUACUUGCGUCGCCGCCAAGCAACUACGCUUGCGUAUGCGGCUCCGGUAAAGCGUCUGUCUGCUGAAGUCCUCGAGCGUUUGCACAACGGUGCAGUGUACCUGCAGCGCCCUGGGCGUCUGUUUGCUUGGGCUAGUGCAUUCUGCAAGUUGCUGGAAGCGCCGGCAUUGAAUGACGAGCUGGCAAACGAAGUGCUCACAGCGCUGCCGUUCUUGUGUGAAGCACUUGAGACCACCGACAUUCCACAGGAUGUGACAGCUGCGGCGGCUGACGCCAUAAUCAUUGACGAGUUGGAUGCAAUACCUACAGGUGAAGCUGAAGCUGAGACAGAAAAUGAAGAUACAGAAGAUGGCGCUGCUGAUGGAGACGGGAAGACUGACGAAAAGGAUGACGAAGCGGAAUUACAGCGACGUCAGGAGCAGGAGAAGGAUGAAGACCGCGCGAAGGCGCGUUCGCCUAUGGGCUGGCUGUUAACCCGACUGUCAUAUGUGGCUUGUGGCUCGAGCUGCAGUGACGAGGUGCGAACUGUGGUGUUCAAGCUGUUCGCUGCACUACUGCACUGCCACGACGCAGCUUUUGCUGAACUGUACGUUGUGCAAAUUAUCAACCCGCUGUAUCGUGCGUCAAGCAAACUUGAAGAGCUCCAGGCCCGACAAGAACAAGCGUUGCUGCAGCAACAGCAGCGAAACCGUUACAAGAACCGGAAGAGAGGUCCUGCACCAGAGUCAAUGGUGCCGCCUGAGAGCGCAUUGCUGGCGCAAGAAGUGCUGCAGCUUUUGGAGCAGAAGCUCGGGGCUACGCCGUUUUUGGAGGCGUACUCAUUCAUGCAGAAGAAGAUGGCGGCACGUCGUGCAGUACGCAAGCUCCAACGUCGAACCGAAGCCGUGUCUGACCCGCAGCGUGCUGCUCAGCGUCGGAUGCAGAAAAACGAGCAGAAACGUCGGACGAAGCAGAUGCGCAAGCGAAAAUACGCUGUAUUGAAGGGCUCAACGUCAGCAGCAGUGCGUCCGACAAAGGUACUUCGUCCUGGUGCCGAGUGUAGUUGA